AUGGUUACCGAUGGCAGUGCCGAAAGCCGUAAGCGCGCUCGAGCUACACCCGUAGAUCGAGAGCGUAUGAUUCCAUGGUCCUUCAAAAAGCGAAAGCUGGAUGCCAACGGCAAUCCCCUCGCAUCCUCCCCCAAGACGCCGAAAACAAAGCCUGGCACCAAGUCCUCGACCAUCAAGAAGGCUGCUCGUAAAAUAGAAUCGUCUCCCGCCUCGGCCUAUGACGUACCAGACUCUCCAGAAGACAACCCGCCACAACGAAUCCGCAACGUUAGAAGCGUUGACCGACCGACCGCCAAAGUCCCGAUCCCGCCUCGUGGCAACAUCGAUGCCGACAUCUACGAUAUCUGCGGGUCCGAUGAUGAGCUGCACACGAGCCCGAAGGAGGUGAUUGCGCUCAAGACGAGCCCUGUGAAGAAGAAGAGCACUGCUGCGGCGAACCAAGGAGCGAGCGGGGUCGGUGCAGGAAACACAACUAGAAAACGGGCGUUUCAGAAGCAAGGAACGAAGAAAAAGGCGGAUCAGGACGAAGAGGUUGCCACAGUAGAGGACUCGUCCUCUCAGGUUCGGUCAAGCGGAAGGCGCAGGAUCCCAACCGCAAAGGUCCUCGAAGUGCAGGAGGAGAAGCUGGCGAGUCGUUCAGCCACCCCGACAUCACGCGCAAGGUCUUCUGCGCCGGAACAGGACGCCGUGGUGUCGAAGAGUAUUACUGCGAAAUCGCAGCGCAUUUUCUCUAUGCCCCUGAAGGGUAUUUUGACACCAUCGAAGCAAGAUGGUACGCCGAGGCGAAGCAAGAGCGUCGCCUUUAACUCAGUCAAUGAUCAUGAUAAAGAAGUCUUUUUUGAAGACCUUCCGACUACGUCUGGGAGAGACCGGAAGCCUUCACAGAAACUAGUGGAGGCGAAAACGACGGCGACAAACUGCCCAAAGUCUUCAAAAGCGCCCGCGAAGGUGUCCGAGGAAGAACUGGCAGAGGAGGAGACCGAGGCACCGAAAGAAGAACAAACGGCCGAGGAUUCAGAAGAAGAAGAAGACGAGGAUGUGUGCCUGGUAUGCUCAAAACCCGAUUCCAAGCCCGGUAACCGGAUUCUGUUCUGCGAUGGCUGCGACAAGGCCUACCACCAGAAAUGCUACAAAGUCCCCAAGGUUCCCCGAGGUGACUGGUACUGCAACGAGUGCGUUCAGCAGAAACAAUCACGAGCGGCGGCUGCGGGCGAGGCGGUCAAGAUACCCAACGUUGAGCAGCACCUCAACAGCUUGAAACGGGUGUUGCUAGAUCGUUGCACCGGGCGCAGACGUAUUAAGCUGAUUGAUCAGGAUGAGGCUAUGGAGAAGGCACACCAGUUGGUGGAGCAGACCGUGUUAUCGGGGGAAGGAAACUCGAUGCUGAUCAUCGGUGCCAGGGGCUGUGGCAAGACUACGCUGAUUGAGAGCAUCAUUGGCGACAUGUCUCGGCAGCACAAACAAGAGUUUCACGUGGUGAGGUUGAACGGGUUUAUCCAUACGGACGACAAGCUAGCCCUCAAAGAAAUCUGGCGGCAGUUGGGCAAGGAGAUGGACGCCGAGGAUGAGGUCAAUGCUCGGGUGAGUGCUUUCCCCAGUGAUGCUAUAGAAUGGAAAUCUAAUCCCAACCACCUCUCGCAGUCAAACUACGCCGAUACCAUGGCCUCGCUGCUUGCCCUCCUCUCCCACCCUUCGGAAAUGGCACAGGCGGAAGCAGGUGUGACCUCUCAGGCGGUCGUCUUUGUCAUUGAUGAGUUCGACAUGUUUGCCACGCAUCCCCGCCAAACCUUGCUCUAUAACCUGUUCGACAUCGCGCAGGCGCGCAAGGCCCCGAUCGCGGUGCUGGGUUGCACGACCCGCAUGGAUGUGGUGGAAAUGCUCGAGAAGCGCGUCAAGAGUCGUUUCAGCCAUCGCUACGUCUACCUGUCGCUCCCGAAGAGCUUGCCAGCGUACUGGAAAGUGUGCAAGCAGGGUCUGAGCGUGGACGAUGAGGACAUGGAGGUUGAAGGCAUCGACAUGAGCAUCGUUGGGCACGAAGCCUUCCAUACCAACUGGAAGGCGAUGAUCGAUGUCCUCCACAAGGAUAAAUCAUUACAGAAUCUUCUGCAAUAUCAUUACGCAACAUCAAAGUCCGUGUCGGCAUUCCUGUCAGAAUGCAUACUUCCCUUGUCACGUCUAUCACCAGGUUCUUUAAACCUUGUCAUCUCGUCGCAGAACGGCCCCGGUCCCAGUGUGUCUUUAACCCCGCCAAACUCCAAACUGCACAUCCUACCGUCACUCUCGGAGCUGGACUUAGGUCUUCUCAUCGCAGCAGCUCGACUGGACAUCGUGGCACACACGGACACGGUCAACUUUGCAAUGGCGUACGACGAGUACGGCUCGCUGAUGGGCCGGCAGCGCGUACAGUCGGCAAGCUCGGGGAUGCUGGCGCUCGGAGGCGGCGUGCGGGUGUGGGGCCGCGGGGUCGCGGGGCUGGCAUGGGAACGGCUUGUCGCGCUGGGGUUGCUGGUGCCGGCCGGGCUCGGGACUGGUCGGGCGUCCGGGUACGGGGGGCUGGAGGGGAAGAUGUGGAAGGUCGACAUGGCGCUGGAAGAGAUUCCUGUGGGGGUCAAGUUGAACAACGUGUUGGCGAGGUGGUGUAAGGAGAUUUGA